UGGUAAAGCAGGUCAGUGGGCGGUAAGGGGAGCCUGGCUGUGAGGAUAUCCAGAUUGCUGCUGACUUGCAGGAUAGAUGCUGACUCACCGACGACUGCUUCCAAACUCCGCCUGUAACGACAUCUUUCCCAGAGUUAUUGAAGACCCUGUCCUAGUAUGUCUCCGUGGCAUCUCUUGGACCUGGCCUGCUUGGAGUGAGAACGCAAUAUGUCUAAAAGGACAGCUGCCGGGAAAAAAAGUAAAAGAAAAUGUCAAGUGAGACUUUAUGCAAAUCAUUGUCCUUCUGAUUGCCACAUUGCAAGUAACCCUGAAAAUGGGAAGACCUACUCUUCGUUUGGCAGUGUGUGUGCUGGUGAAGACCUGCUUGCUGAGAGCAGUGACAAUGGAGUUCUUUAUCUGAAUCCUCAAACACCAAACUGGUCUCUCUUGGAGAGGUUUGCUGAGCUUUCAGCCGAUGAGGUAGACAUCCCUGAGAAGCAAGUCCACAGCGGAACCACGUCACCAUGUUCCAAAUAUGACAAGACCAAGAAAAGCCCUUCGGCCAAGAAGUCACCGAGGAAAUGUAAAGAUGACAACGUCCCGCGCCUUUUGGUUGCAAUGAAAAGACGGGAUGCAGUGGAUACUGAGGACCGUCCCUUCAAAUGCACACACUGCCACUGGGCUUUCAAGAAACGCUGCAACCUGCAGAGCCACUUACAAACACACUCUGGCCUCAAACCGCACGUGUGCGAUAUAUGUGGCAAGGCUUACUCACACCAGGGCACGUUGCAGCAGCACAAGCGUCUGCACACUGGGGAAAGACCAUAUCACUGUCCCUUCUGCGACAAAACAUACAUCUGGUCCUCAGAUUACCGCAAGCACAUCCGCACGCACACCGGCGAGAAGCCCUACAUCUGUGAAACCUGCGGCAGGGACUUCAUCCGCUCCUCUGACCUGCGAAAGCACGAGCGCAACAUGCACACCAACAACAAGCCUUUCCCGUGUGUGCACUGCGGCAAGACCUUCAACAAACCCCUCUCCCUCAAGCGCCACGAGCGCAAGCACCUUGGGGAAAAGCCCUUCUCCUGCCCAGACUGUGGGAAAACAUUCGCCCUCGCCAGCCGCAUGGCCGAGCACCAGAAAGUCCACAUGGGAGUGCGGCCGUUUGUCUGCUCCGUGUGCUCCAAGUGUUUCACCAAGUCCUCCAACCUGACGGAGCACAUAGCCAUUCACAGCGGAGUGCGGCCUCAUAAGUGCGGAGAGUGCGGCGUGGCGUUCGCCAUGGCCUCCCGCCUGGUGCGCCAUCAGUUCGUCCACAACAACCAGCAGCCGCACAGCUGCACGGGCUGCAGCAAGAACUUCAGCCACCUCACGCAGCUGAAGCUCCACCAGGAGCAAACCUGUGCUGGGAGGAUCUUUGUCUGCGUAGAGUGCGACAAAUCCUUCCAGUGUGCCACAAAACUCGCACAGCAUUUGGUGGAACACAAAGAGAAAAAACUAUGAUGCUGAUUAACAGAUGGUCUCAUUGAGGUUUGACCUCUGUGUCAGAAAUCUUUACUCAGUAUUGGUUGACCUCAGUACAACAUUGUAAGAUUUAUUUUAUUUUUAUGAUUACUGCUAUGUAGACACCGGACCUGCAUGAGAGUAGAAGACUCAUGUCCCACAGAGCCAUGAAACGUACAGGGUUAUUUUGUUUUUACUUCUUUGUUUCAGUGUCAGAUCAUCAAACACACUUUAAUGUUAGAUAAAGAUAAAAAAAAACGUCUCAAGGAUUCAGUUUAUCAAGGAAAACAUUAUCCAAACCAACCAGGCCCUUUAUGGAAAUGUAGCAAACUCUAAAUCUAAUAACUAGUUGUUCCUCAAAGGGCAUUAAGAGACUGGCAAUGAGUCUCUUGAUGCCGUCUUUUCUUUUCAGAAUUGUUGGAUUUUUUUUGUUUAAUGGCUCUAGUUAUCUUUAUUUCUAGUUUUUUUUAGCACUUUACUAAUGUGCCAGUCUUUGCCCCAGAAUUGUUUUAAUUAAACAAAUCAGAGGGGAUUUCAAACAGCAAUAAAGGGACCAGCAAUGUUCACAACAUCUCAACUGGAUUAAGGUUCACAUAUCUCCAAAACAACUUUUUCUUUUUAUAGCAACUCAGAGGUGCACUUUGUGACCCAAGUCAUGACCCAAGUCCUAUUGCGGCAAUGAAAUAAAAAAAAAGUAGUUCAUCACUGUUAUGUCACCAUUUAACAGAGAAAAUAGCUUUUUCACAUAGAGCCAGAGUGAUUUGCAUGGCCUCUCUUGCUUUAUAUUAUGAAAUCAUUUGAAAACAGUUUCUAACAAUUUAACCAGGUUGUUCUUGCUUGAUUAAUAUAUUCUGAUUAUCUGGAAUAUUUAAGUCAGACGGGAAAGCAAAUUUAGAAAAAAAUGUAAGAGAAAAUACUUUUCCCACACUGUAUAUGUGACUACACUGUUUGUAUUUAUAAUUACAGUUAGCUGAGAGUUAAACCCUCACACAUUCUUCCCCCACGGAGCUGGGUUCCCAUGAGAAUGUCGAGGGCUAAAAAUUUCCACCAACACGGCUCUGAUAUUGGAGCCGACAGUGAUGUGAAACCGGUUACAGACGUGUUAGGCUUUUAUUAAAGUGAGAAUUCAAAUGUAACUGAUAAUAUGCACGACUUUGCCGCUUUACAUUUUGGCGCAGCAGUAAAGUAGCGGCAGCUGACUGACAGACUUGACUUUGAAUGAUUUGUACUGGCUUUCAGCAUGGUGUCAUUUCCUUCUCCUGCGUCUAAAAAUAUAUGAAAAAUAAAACUCUCCACGCUGCAGUUUGUGAGCAGCAACAGCAGCGGUCAUAUAAAGCAAAACCAAGACGUACAGUAGCUGUUAAGGUGUACAAUCUCCUUCAAACUUACAUUUUGUUCUCCCAUUAACUGGAAAGUGAAGGGCUUCCUCUUGUUGUGGUGGGAAGCUACUGCAAUAUACCUGAAACUCUACAUGUGCUUUUUUUCACAAACUGAGACACUGACAUGGUUUCCAUGUUACGGAAGUGGACAGCAAUACAAAGAAAAUGCAAGCUAGCACUAGAAUCACUGCACAGCUAGCCAUAGCCAGUAGCUGGACAGUAGUUACACAGUAGUUACACUAAAAAAUUCGCUUAAGCCAUUGCUGCAAAGGUAAAGCAGUAAGAUUUACUAUUGUUUCCUGCUUUUUGUGUUGGCAUAGCAAUUUGAACAAAUUAUCAUUGUAACAAAUGUGCUUAGUAGGUUAAAGUGUUGAUGAUCAGCCGUGACGCUAAAAGGUUUCUCCUUCAAUGAGUCCUGUACCAGUGUGGGAAGGACAAGUCCACGAGAAAAGGUCUAGUUAUUUACACCCUUGUAAAUAACAUUGCUAUAGGUCAUUUUGACAUUAGUGCAUUUUGUAGAGCGGCUUCUACGCCAGAGCUGACAACACCACCAACAACUCUCUCUCUAUAGGUGAAAAUUCAUUUGAGCCUGAUUUAUGAGCUUUGUUAAAAUGGUGAAUUCAUCUCCAUGGGAUCAUUUUACUAUAACAUUCAAUAUAUUUAUUUUUUAGUUGGCAAAUAUGUCCUACAGUGUAGGACAUAUUUGCAUGUUUCAAACAAAUAUAUAGAUCAUUUUCAAAUACCCUUUGGAUUACAGUGGAAAGCUUAUUUAAGGCAGAAUAAAAUUUAAGCAUCCAACAGACCACAGCGGUUUGGAUGGCACAGACAAGAGGGAUCAGAAAUGAUUUCAUGUUUCUGUCUGCGUACGUUGAAGCAAGUUCUUUAGCUUCAUAAUUUGCUGUGCUUUGUUAUCCAAUGUUGUUUACCAGCUCAAUUACAUUUUAUUCCUUUUACAAGCAGCACCACCAUAAGCAAUAUAUAUUUAGUAAUAAAAAGGGGGAAGUUAAAUGAAUCCCAAUGUUGCAAUUUAGCCAUGCUGAUGUUCCAAAUGUACAUUUAAGACCACCUGUGGCGAAUAAAUGCCUAGCUGUAUUAAAAAUGCACUGUCCAUGCUUUA